CUUGAUUUACCGGAGAAGUCGUCGUCUCCGCCGCGAAACAAAGAGUUUUGUGAAUUCAAAGGCAGAAACAUUGCGAUCGGAGAAGAGAUAUACGACGGCUGCCGAGCGGUCUGUCACUGCGGAACCGACGCCCGGCUUAACUGUGCGGCCAUUGAGUGUCCGCACAAUUUCGCGCCCCAUGUUUCCGAUUGUCUCGAGUGGGAUAUUGACCCCCAUUUCAUUCCCACGCCUCCCAAUUGUUGUCCCAAACCUAAGUGCAAAAACGACGGCUCGUGUUCUUUCGCUGGAAUUCGGUUUCCAAACUUCAAACACAUUCCUCAGGAACUACUUCCAUGUGGCACCCGAUGUGUCUGUCUUAAGGGCAAAGUUGACUGUGAAAACCGCUGUCCUUCAGUACCAGAUAUCCCACCGCCACAUAUGCCAUGUCCUGCAACCCAUGCCUAUCGGGGACAUCUGCCCGCUAAUCAUUGCUCACACAAUGGAAAGCGCUAUAAAUUGGGUGAACAAUGGGAUGAGAAGGGGCAGGGGGUUAAAAGGCGAUGCCAGUGUAGUAUUACCAAUGGAUUACCACAUGUUCAGUGUCAUCCAGGAGGAUGCCCGCAGAUAACUGAUCGCUUUUUGCAGCCCACCCUUGACUGUCCCAACCCGACUAUUGUAAUACCUGAUGACCCGGUCGUACUCUGUCCUUACGUUAUAUGUAACGACUCUAAAGACUCAGGUCGAGAUCUAGAGCACGUGAACAUCGUGGCCAUUAACUCGACGUCGGCCCGGAUCCGAUUCACACUGCCGUCCCUUCUGGUGGGACUGAUCGGUCACGCGGAGCUGCACUACACGCCAGACAUGAGUAUUCCGCGGUCGCAGUGGAAUAUCCAGAAGUUCGCGCGACCCAAACGACUCUUUGACACUCCAAACAUUGAGUACCAUUUGGGAAACCUUAGUCCAGACACCACUUACUUCUUCCAAAUACAAGUCAUCAUCGAAGCCCUCCAGUCGGGCCCCGAGAGCGAGGUCUAUAAACUCUAUUUACCUCCCAUCCCCUCCACUGCCAGCACAACCACUUCCACCACUACUGUUCCGCCAAUGAUUAUGCUCGACGUGCAGCUCAAUGCCGUCUCCAAUGAUUAUAAGACACUGAAAAUCUCGUGGAGAGUAUUCAGUGCACCGGAGAAGAAGUUUAUCGAUGGCAUUCAGAUUCGCUAUAAAAACGCUGAAAAAGAUCAAAAUGAAUGGAAGGCAUCGCCAAUACUUCAUCGGGAUGUCAGGUCUUACGUGUUAAGAGACUUAGAGCCCGGUGUGUCAUAUGCUGUGGACUUAUUGUUCACAUCAAACCCUGAGAUCCCGACUCACAUCAUAUCCACAAAACCAAUUGUGAUUGAUAUGCCGUCGCCUCCGAAAGACUUAUUUGACAUAAAUGUCACAAUACAUCCCAAUGAUGUCAAUGUUGAUACACUUCACACCACAAUCAAAAUGAAUGACCUGCCGGUGCCAAUCAAUAAGUUUAUAAAUGUGGUUAAGAUAUCCUAUAGAAGUGAAGACAGUAUGGAAUUGUUGCACACUUUCAAAGAUCCUGACGGAGAGGGAAGGCUCGUCUUGGAUGGACUCAAGCCUGACAGAAGAUAUAAAGCGUGGAUUGAUCUCUAUUUAACAAACGGCAAAACUGUGUCAUCAAAUGCUAUUGAAUUCACAACAAAAGACAGGCCGCUGUCGUCUAUCGAUAAAAUAGACAUUUCGGCCAAUGAGGCGGAAGCUCUUCGGGAGAGCGAUAUUAUGGACGGAAGAUAUCUCUACUGUCUGGUCAUUGUGUCCGUGUUUGCGACGGUCACUGGCAUUGCAUUUGUGGUGGUUUUAUAUUUUCUACUUCGAAAGCAGUCGUCAGCGAAGGCACCCAUAACUAGAGCGCCGUCAGAGUCUGCCUAUGAUAACCCAACAUAUAAGACAUACGAAGUCGGCGAAAGACCAGUAGAAGAGAAUGGCAUUAAAAACGGCACAAUUCAGGCAUAA